AUGGCUGAGGCACAGGUAGUCGACUACACGCUCGCGAACCCGGACACCUUGACCAAGUACAAGGUCGCCGCCGACAUCUCCCAGAAGGUCCUCAAGGAAGUCUCCGGAUGGAUCUCUGAGGGCGCCAGCAUCGUCGAGCUCUGCGAGCGCGGUGACAAGCUCCUCGAGGAGGAGGUUGGCAAGGUCUACAGGGGAAAAAAGAUUCCCAAGGGCGUUGGCCACUGCACCACCAUCUCACCCAGCUCUUACGUUACACCGUACACUCCCCUCAAGUCCGAUGCUGAGGAGUCUGGCGCCACACUGAAGGCCGGCGAGGUCGUCAAGAUCCAGCUUGGUGCCCAGAUUGAUGGCUUCGCCGCCAUUGUUUGCGACAACGUUGUCGUUGGCGCAUCCGGCGAGAUCACCGGAGCGGAGGCGGAUCUUUUGUUGGGUACAUACUACGCAAACGAGCUUCUCCUGAGACUGAUGGUCCCUCCCGGUCUUGUCGCACACGGCGACGAGGAGGAGCAGAAGAAGAACGCCGCUCGCAAGCCUUACACACAGGGCCAGAUGACCCAGAUGCUCGAGAAGGUCGCCAAGGCAUACGGCUGCAACGUCGUCGAGAGCACUACCAUCUGGCAGUUCGAGCACAACGAGAUCGAGUCUAAGAAGAAGAUCAUCCUCUCCCCUGGCGAGGGUGUCCGUGGUGAGGGCCUUCCUGAGGUCGGCGAGGUCUGGGGUGUUGAGGUUGGUCUUUCGCUCGGAAGCGGAAAGAUCAAGAACAAUGGCCAAAGGACCACUCUCCACCGCCGCACAGCCAACACUUUCGGCCUCAAGCGCCCUACCUCAAGACAGCUACUGUCUGAGGUUGUCAAGAGGUUCGGUACUUUCCCCUUCUCUCUGCGCCAGAUCGAGGACGAGAAGGUCGCCAAGGUCGGUGUCGUAGAGUGCGUUCGUGGUGGUGUCCUCCGCCAGUAUGAGGUUGUUGUCGAGAAGGACAGCAAGCCCGUUGCUAGGCUGUUCUCCACCGUCGCCGUUACCAAGAAUGGUCUCCAGCGUCUGGCCCAGCCCCCUGCCUUGGACCUCGAGAAGGUCAAGUCCGACAAGAAGAUCGAGGAUGAAGAGAUUCUCAAGAUUCUUGAGCAGCCCAUUGGCAAAACCUCCAUCAAGAAGAACAAGAAGAAGAAGAAGAAGCCCGCCAAGAAGGCUGCUGCCGGCGAGACGGCUGCUGCUGAGGAGGAGAGCGACGACGAGUAA